UCAUUGCCCAACUUUACUUCUUUUCAGAGCCUUGAUCAAUGCGCGAGACUCUUUGAAACCAUCCACUCCGAGUUGGCCUCUCUUGGUGAUCAUCUAGAGGAUAUUGCCGGCUAUGGUGACCUGUACCAAGAAAACAAAAAAAUGCAGCGAACACUGUGCAAUGCUUACAUCAAUGUCAUCCGCUUCUGGUAUAGAGUCGAUAAGGAAUGCACAAAGUCAGGUCAGAUCAAAGUUUGCGAUGACAACCGAGCUUGAUCUAACAGUAGGCUUAGGACCAAAGCUCGGGACACCUUUUAGCACAAAGAAAUUGGGAGGCAUCAUAAGUGACAUGCGUGAGGACGCUGUGAAGAUAAAAGCAUGCGCCAGUCUACUUCAUUGCCAAGAGUCUGGGGAGGACUGUCACGCAAAUAAAGUGGCCCGGCGGGAGGCGGAAGAAGAGAGGAUCAGGGCAGAAGAUCACCGCCGGUUUCAGCGGGAGUUGGAUGAAACACGCAAACUGGACACAGUCUUGGAUUGGCUGUCAUCAAAAUCCUUGAACGAUCAGUGUUUCGCACGGCAAGAGAAGAACUUACGUGGCCGUAGCCAAAUCACCUGCCAAUGGCUAUUUUCCCAUGAUGAAUUUCUCCAAUGGCAGAACAAUCCCCCAUCAUCACCGAUCUUGUGGGUCCAUGGUCCGCCUGGAUCCGGGAAAUCGACCCUGUGUUCGAGCGCCAUUGAAUUCCUGGCCAAAAGCUCAGAAUCAGAAGUAGUGAUUUUUCACUUUUAUGACUUUGCACAGCAUCUUUCUCCAGAGAAGACAUUAUCCAUUCUCGCAACACAGCUUCUCUUCCAAUACCGCCAGCGCCUGCAGAAAAUUCCAGAUGAAUUACAAAAAAUCAUGCGCACACCCGAAUCUCUCCUUGAAAGGUUCAAAACGUCAUCAAGGCAUUAAUUAAGGGAUAUUCGAGGAUGUACUUCUUUCUCGACGGUCUGGAUGAAGAGACAACGACAAAGAGUUCGUGGGAUGAUGCUGUAUUAGUGCUUCGUUUUCUCGCCAAGCUCGUGGACGACUCUCCUACCAGAGUUCGUGUCUGGUGUAGUAGCCAGCGCCGGGACCGCAUCAGCAAGGAACUCCAGGGGUGCUGUAGCCUCGAUAUUGAUGGCUACACGAGAAGCGAUCUUGCUUUGUACUUAUCAGAAGAGGUUUCCAAGCUUCAGUGGUCAAAUCCAUCCGACCAAGCUCAUAUCUUGGAGACGCUGAAAAGUCGUGCCGAGUGUAGUUUUAUUUGGGCAAAGCUCAUGAUAGACGCCCUCGGAGAGUGUUGGUCGACCGCCAGGAUGGAAGAACAUCUAAAAGAGCUUCCAGAGACUCUGGCAGAGUAUUAUUGCAGAUUUUUCGAGCGUAUGGAGAAGCUCUACCG